ACCAGUGCUCCCAGUCUCACCAGUGCCGGGCGCGCAGGAGGCAGCUGCAGCUGAAGUCAGUAUGGCCUCAGGAAAGACCCCAACCCCAGACCUGCUGAAGGCUGAGGAGCAGCAGACUGUGAGCGCUGUCAAUCGAGUCACCAACCUGCCCUUGCUCAAUUCUGCCUUCAACCUGGUCUCCUCUGCCUACAACCACACCAAGGAGUCCCACCCCUGCCUCAGUGGUGUCUGCAGCGUGGCUGAGACCGUGGCUGCCGUGGCUGUGGGCAGCGUGGUCGGAGGGGCACAGCCCAUCCUGAGCCAGCUGGAGCCACAGAUUGCUCUUGUGAAUGAAUAUGCCUGUAAAGGUCUGGAUCAGCUGGAGCAGAACUUGCCCUUCCUGCAGCAGCCAGCAGACAAGGUGAUCUCAGACACCAAGCAGCUGGUGUCCACCAAAGUGACAUCUGCUAUGGAUGCUGCCUGUGAGGCCAAGGAAGCGGUGGCUGAUAAAGUCACUGAAGCUGUGGACCUCACUAAAAAUGUUGUUGGGGACAGUGUCAAGCUGACCAGGUCUGUGGUCACCUCCACUGUCAGCAGCGCUGUGGAGGCUGCCCAGGGGGCCAAGGAGCUGGUGACCAGCAAGGUGACAGAGGCUGUGGACCUCAGUAAGCACCUUGUGGAGGACAGCGUUGACAGGACCAAGUCUGCUGUGACUUCCACCAUCACUGCAGCUGUGGGGGCUGCCCAGGGGGCCAAGGACCUGGUGGCCAACAAGGUGACAGAUGCUAUGGACAAGGUCAGCAAAGCUGUGGAUGUCACCAAGCACAUGGUGGAGGACAGUGUUGACCUGACCAAGUCUGCAGUUGCUUCCACGAUUGUCAGUGCUGUGGAGGCUGCUCAAGGGGCCAAGGAGCUGGUGACAGACAAGGUGACCAAGGCAGUGGACCUCAGUAAACACAUUGUAGAAGACAGUGUUGAUCUGACCAAGUCUGCAGUUGCCUCUACAAUUGUCAACGCUGUGGAGGCUGCCCAGGGUGCCAAGGAGCUGGUGACCAACAAGGUGACAGAGGCUGUGGAUGUCACCAAGCACACAGUGGAGGACAGCAUUGACAGGACCAAGUCUGCUGUUGCUUCCACCAUCACUGCAGCUGUGGGGGCUGCCCAGGGAGCCAAGGACCUGGUGGCCAACAAGGUGACCGAAGCAGUGGACCUGACCAAAGAGGCUGUUCAAGACAGUGUUGAGAAGACCAAAUCUGCGGUCACCUCUACAGUCAGUACAGCUCUGGAUGCUGCCUGUGGCACCAUCAGCAGCAAGAUCAGCACAGCCCUGGAGCAGGGCAAGGAGGCUCUCCAGAAGGGCGUGGAGAUGACCAAUUUAGAAGUGACCAACAGCAUAAGCAAAGUCAAGGCAGUGAGCCAGGCAGUGGCUGGAGGUGUGGAAUCUGUCCUGGGAAUGUCAGAAGAUCUGGUGGAUCAUUACCUCCCAAUGACCGAGGAGGAACUAGGUCAGCUGGCCACCACGGUGCAGGGGUUUGGCGUGGCCUCCGUGGAGGAGCAGAAGAGGCAGCGGAGUUACUUGGUGCGCCUGGGCUCGCUGUCGGGCCGGCUCCGGCACCGAGCCUACCAGCACUCCCUGGCCAAGCUGCAGGGCUUCAGGCACCGCAUCCAGGACACCCUGGCACGGCUGCAGCUGGCAAUAAAACUGAUUGAAUCAGUGAAACAGGAGGUUGGCCAGAAGCUGCUGGAGGGGCAGGAGAAGCUCCAUCAGCUGUGGGUGGACUGGAGCCUGACUCAGCCCAAAGGAAACCAAGUCAGGACUGCGAGGCAGCCGGAGGUGGAGCCCCGCACUCUGGCCAUGCUGAGGAUCAUCACCCAGCAGCUCCAGCCCGCCUACCACAGCCUCAGGCUCAGCAUCCUCGGCCUCCCCAGCAGCAUGCAGGAAGCCGUGGCUCGGGCCGCUCGACACAUCUACAAGCUCCACAGCUCUUUUUCCAGGGCUGUGUCCUUCCAGGACCUCUCCAGAACCACCCUGGCCCGCAGCCAGGACCGUGUGGCGGAGGCUCGGAGGUCCCUCGAUGUCCUCUUUGAGUAUGUGGCUCACAACAUCCCUCUGAACUGGAUUGUGGGGCCCUUCAGGGCCAUGGCUAAGGUGGCACAGGACAGCAGAAAGCACAAGAAGAGAGAGAUGAGGAGUGAUAGAAAAUUACCCAAGUUGGAAAACGCUCCACUAUCACAGGAGGUGACAAAGGCACCUGAAGAGCCAAAGGGAACCAAGAAGCUCUCAGAAAAAUGGUGUGAAGUGCUAGAGAAGCUGGAGGAGAAGGCAGGGAAGGACACAGAGGUGGCCCUGGCUGCAAAGGAGAUAAAAACCAGUGCAGCAGAGGAAGAUCUCUGAUAAAUCCCAGCUCUUCUGACCAAGGCUACUUGGCUAGAACAGCACUGGAUUUUCUAAUUGUGUGCCCACUUGUGCCACGAGUGCCUCUGAUCUCGGAAUUUAGGGUCAGAUGUAGUUGUAAGGAGAUCUGAUAACCAAGGCGGGGAGAUUCUGAAUCUUAAUUUACUGUUUUUAAAUCCAACUGCUGUGCUGAAAGGGGAGAUGGGACCUGCACUGCAGCUUUUGAACCCAGCCCAGCUGUAGCUAUGAGUAGCUAAAUCUUGCUGAGACAAGUUGUGGGAGAGAAGUGAUCUCAACUUAUUUUUAAUGCUGGAUUUGUUUUUAGUUUACCCAAGCUGUGGAGCUCUUGAGAAGAUGCUAUGCUUGACCUUUGAUACCAUCUCCCACCUUCUCCACAUUUAAAAAUACAAGUUCCAGACACAACUUCCUUUGUGCCUGUUGUGCUUCCGGGGAGGCUCGGCCCUGCAGCACAUCUGGCACAGCUGGGGCAAGGAGCUGCUUCUCAAGAAGAGAUUUCUCUUCAUGGAUCAGCCAAACACUUUUUCCUUCAUAGAGAAGGACUCAGCAGUGUGGGGUUUUCUUUAAUCAUCUUUCCUAGUUCUGUGGAUGACUUCAAGGAUUAUCUGUGAGUAACUCCAUGUGUGAAAGACUCCACAGCCAUUAAAUGAGGCAGCUUUUCCCAGGAGUUACUCUGCCAUGGGAUUAGGAUAUCCUGUUAUUAAAACAGGGGGGAUUUUAAUCCAGGUGCUGGUUCUUUUCCAGAAAACACUACUUUGUAAUCAUUUCUAAUGUAACUUAUUUUGGUAACUGUUCCUGGCAUUGUCCCUGUGCCAGGGCGGGUGAGCAGACACUGGAAUAAAGUGUGACCUGUGUU